CAGCAGAUAGAAAACUGUCUGCGGGCCGGCUGUGGGGAUGAAACAAGUGGAAGAAGGAGAUGUAGCAGACGGAACUCCUCCACCACCACCGCACCACCUCACCGCACCGUUCACCUCGUCGCCUCCACUGCUUUCCCCCUCCUCUCAAUACACGACUGUAGCAUCAUCAUCCUCCUCUUUGCAUAACAAGACCAAGGCUCGUCUCGUCUGCACCGGAGCUUCAUGGCCGCGACACUGACGAUGAGCAGCGGCGGCGGCGGGCAGGAGGAUCCCUUCUAUCCGCUGCAGAAGGCGACUCUCCCCGCUGGAUUCUCCCUGGACGAGUCGGCGUUGUUCGGCUUGGAUUGCAAGAUCGCAGACUCGGACAAGGCUGGACAAAACGAUUUCACUCAGGUAGAAACAUGAACCGACUUUACACAUUAGUGAUGUAUUUCAUUGAAUGGGCGUGGCAGAGUUGUUGUAGAUCCAGGUUGUUGUUUGCUUGUUUGGACGCUGGACUCUAAAUUACGAUCCUCUUCCUUUGCGGGGUAUUAAUCAUCACUUUGUUUGCGACUAUUUGCGGUAAUGUGCGUGCGACCAGCUGGACGCGGAUCCUAGCCGCUGCUCCGCCUGCAAACGCAUUCACCGCAUGUUUUCUAUCUGUGCCAGCCAGUUGGCCAGCAGUUGUUGGCGUCCCCCCCCUCCUCACCAUCAUACCACGCUGACAACAACUGACUCCGGCCUCGGGACAGAAAAGGUCCCGGCAACUCUGUCCCACAGUUAGUAGGAAAGUUGUGCAGAAGCAGCAGCAGCAGAGUAGAGUCCCGUGGAACAGCUGGUGUGAUCAGGAGCCUAGAAAUAGCAGCCCAUCCCCAGACUGCUGCUGCUGCUGCUGCUGCUGCUACUCCUGCUGCAGCGGACAGGGAGGCAUGGGUGUUUCCCCAUUCCCUUUCAUGUUGCUGUUUCAUCCUCUGCUGCAGGGCUUCUCUAACUUUUCAGCCAGAGAUUUGCAUUCGGUGUUCAUGAGACUGCAGAGUGCAUUGCAAUUUUUUGAUAUGAAGUCUCCCACAUGCAAUGCUGGUGAUAAGCUGUGAGAUAUCUUAAACAGAGAUUCUUUUUUUUUGUACAAAAAGCACAAGAUUUGUUUCUUUUUCCUGUGAGAACGUGACCCAAGCCUCAGCUUGGCCGCACAGCUGGAAGGUUUCUGAGUUCAGCCUUGCAGGCAGAGAGGGAAUGUGGCAAGCGCAUAUUGAUGACUACUUGAUAAAUGUUUUAGCGGUGACUGUCCUAUCAAACCUUUGUCUUCUCAAAAGAGCCCCUCAGAAUAGUUUUAUGACGGAUCACAGGAAGAGCAGCUGUGCUAAAGGCUGAAUGCGUUUGUUUCGAGGUUUAAUUUUACUCAUCCAGACAUUUUUUCUCUGUUUGUUUAAUCCACAGGCAAAGUGUGAGAUGGACAGGUAUCUUUCCCCUCAGUCUCUUCCCCUUCCACCUCCAUCAGACAGCCAGCAGAAGUCACAGAGAGACAGCGCCUCCGUUGUGGAUCCCUUCUUUACAGAUGACCACACCGGAGCUCCGUACACUCUUAACAUGAACCUUUACCUCCCUGAUGCCACCUACCUGAGGAUGGGCUUAUGUCAGCAGACGAGGCCCCCUCAGCACCAGAACCACACAGGUCUCACCCAAAUCAAAACAGAGUCUGCCUCCUCGUGUUUCUCCCCUAACCUGCAGCUGCACUGCCCCAACACUACACCCACCAGUACCUGCAGCACAUCAGGGCACGGCCCUGGCAGCAUUUCCAUGGAAACCUCAGCCAUAAAUAUGACGCUAGCAGGGUUACCAGACUUCACCAGUGUUUUCAACCAAUCAGGAGGCAGCCGCGGUAGCGACUCAGUGCCGGAGGUGUUUGUUAAACAGGAAAUGUCGUCACAGUACGAGCAGCAUGCCCUCAACCACCAUGACGGCGGCGGCUCACUGUUUCAGCUACUUAGCUCUGGCUUGGACCAUCACCAUGGUAAUGGUAUGGAGGCUCAGCAUCAGCAGCAUCAUCAUCAGCAGAUACACCACACCUCCGCCUCCACAAUCCACACACCUUUCCACGAAUUGCCGGUUGCUUCUUCUGCGUCCCAACAAGAGCAGACAACCAAGCCGGCCUACUGCGGCCUGGGUGGAGGACGAUACACGCAUCCUCACGCUCAGGCUCACCCACAUUUCCUCCAGCAGCAGCAGCAGCAGCCCUACCUGCCUCCCUCUCCGCCCAGCUCGGAGCCCGGCAGCCCUGACAGACAGAAGGAGCUGCUUCACGCCAUGUCCCCGCCUCCCUCAUAUGCGGCCACCAUUGCCUCUAAGCUGGCAGGCAGCACUCCUGGACUGGGACCGGGCCCUGGCCCAGGAAGCUUAGCCCUGCCCCUCACUACAGGUCCCGCUUCUGCUCCAGGCCAGGCCACAGGCCUCCCACAAGCCCCUGCAGCAACCCCAGCACCAACCACAGCUCAGACCACUGUGCCUGUUCGCUACAACCGGAGGAACAACCCGGAUUUGGAGAAACGACGGAUCCACCACUGUGAUUACCCAGGUUAGAACAACAACACAGCACCGCUAAUGUAAUGCACGCUGAUUCUUGUCACUGGGGUGUGUUUAUUCUUACUCUGCGCUGUGGUCAGGUGAAUAUCUGGUCACUCAGCUUUAAGAAUCCAGUUUUAUUUUAAGACAUCCGUGCAUUUCUAAAAAAUUAUAUGCUGUCUGUCUUGAAACGCUUUCCCAAGCCUGUGAGUCACAUUUUGUUCUUGAACCACAACAGAGCUUAGGCUAACCUGGAAUUAAAAUAUUUUGGCAAUGGACAUCAGAAGACAAAACCUUUCAUUUCACUGUCUGCAUAGAAACUAAUUUGCAUAUAUCAACUCACCUCAAACGACACUCUUAGGGCGUGCUCGCAUUGUUGUGGCUUUUGUGCCAUCGCUGGCAUGUUUGUGGAACGAACCUGUUAAUGUGUGCGUGUGUGGGCAUGUGUUAAUCAACUACAUGUUAAGUCAUACAGUCUUUUUUUAAACAACACACAUUUGCAUAUAGUCACACUUAAUAUUGCUUACGCACAUUACCUUUUUUGACUCAUGCACACACACACUAUGAUGUGCAGCUACUUGUAGGACGUGUAAUGUCAGCCAGCCUGUGGCAGCAUGUAAAAUAGGCUUAAGCAGAGCCUCCUGCAGCAAGUAAGCACAUGUCUAACCUCUUAAAGUCAAAUGAAGCGGAUCCAUCAUAUGCGCACAAGGAUCCACACUCUGCCGAGUGUCUGUUAGUCACGCUGCUGCUAAAUCUCCUCACUUGCUAAUCUUUGCAACACAUAAAACGCUAUUAUCUCCUUAUUUCAAAUCUAAAUAAAUCUGCAGGAAAUCUUGGAUUUGAAAACCUCCAAAUCUAAGUUUACUUUUUGAUAUUAUAAUCUACAUUCUGGGUGUAACACUGUUUUUAACCCAAACCUGAAACGUCUCCUAAAUGAUGCCAAACUAACAGGUGCAGUAAACAGAACUUUUCAUCGAGGCAUAUGGCUUUAAGUCGAGUAAAUUUCCUUGUAAAUAUGACAAAUGUAAGCGUCUACUAUACCAAACAAGACUGUGUGCUCGCUUAAAAUUUGAAAAACAGAAACAAACAUUUUCUAUAUCUCAUUCCAAACAGCUUCUGUUCUUCGUUAGCUCACAUUUCUUGCAUACCGCAGCUCGGUUUAUUGGGUAAACACAUAUCUGACACGUUAUUUAUUAUUUUGGAUUUGGACUCAGCCUUCUGUUUGUGUUUAUCUGUGUGUGUCGUCAGGCUGCAAGAAGGUCUACACCAAGUCGUCCCAUCUGAAAGCCCACCUCAGGACUCACACGGGUAAGACAUUCAUCUAAUUAAUGCCGUUUUUUUAGACGGCAGCCGUCAAAAAAACGACGCAGCCCACAUGACUCAUAUUUCGGUGUCUGUGCUGGCACUAUGUUGCUAGGCAGAGUGUUGUGUUCCUGGCAUGUGUGUGUAAAUGUAUCCUACCCCAUUCCCAUCCUCUGCCCAAUAUACUAUUCCAUCAAAACAGGUGGAAGUGACACACUUCUGCCAGGGGAUGACUCUCUGACUAUGUGGGCAGCACCACUCGCAUGGUGCCGUCUUUCUUAGGAUCCCCACGCCUUUUCAGACAUCAGUGUUUAUUUUGUUUUAAAACACCUUCCUGAGACUAGUUUUGGCUUGUUUGCCUCUAUAAAUAAAUACGAGAUCUGUCCGUGCAGAUAUAAAAAUAUCUUAGAUCAUCUUGUUCCUAAUAGCCUACUUCCCUUUCCCUAUUUUCUCUCUCAAUCCAUCCCCGUCUCUCACUUUUGGAUUUCAAGUAUUAGUUUUGGAUGAAAAAAGUCAACAAACAGAACUUAGGUGUUGGGCCGCACCUCAGUGCAGCUAACAAAACAGGGCUUCUGUUGAUAUCUACACAUUCCUCACUCAUCAGAACACACAUGGACAUAAAACUCACUUUUACCACUGCGUCUGUCCCACUUCUUCUGAUUGUGAACGACUUGUUCAGAACAUGGUUGUGGGCGUGCGUGCCUUGCAUUUCAGCUUUGGGAACAUGACACGACAAUUAGAUCUGGCGUCAUUCGUGCUGCAGGCUGAUCGUGGUUAUUGCAGUUAUUACAGACCGCAAGAUGAGAACAGGACACGUAAAGUGGGAUGUAGCAGAUACUUCCGUAUCCUCUCUGCCUUUGUCAGUAGUGCUUUGUUAUUUUUAACCCUUUAUGCUCUCGCUUUUAUUCAUGAAAUCAUCCUCUUUCUUACUUUGUGCAUUCCUCACACCUCAAACCCCCUCCUCCUCUCCCCAUUUCUAUCUUCGUCUGUUACUCAUUCUACUUCUCUUAUUCAGCUGCCUGAAUGCUUACACACACACACACACACACACACACACACACACACACACACACACACACACACACACACACACACACACAAACAUAUGCCUACACACACCUGUCAGUAAUCUGUAUGAGAUGAUUCCUAAUGCGUUUGGUUCCCCAUGGGAGUUCCCACUCUAAUCUCCAUCAACAUCCAUUACCCUGAUUGUUUGUGUGUGCGUAUGUGUGCGUAUGUGUGUGUGUGUAUGUGUACAAUCACAAGUCCUCCUCCCAGUUUUCUCUUUUUUAUUUUUUCUUGCCGUCCUUUGUGUCUCCUCAUUGUGUUUCAGGUGUGUGUGAGUGUGUGUUCCUAAGUAUGGUUACGCUCUGCUUAAUUUACAGGUUAGAGGUUUUACAGUGGUUGUUUUUAGAGAUGCGGAAGAGCUUGCUGAGCUUGUUUGAAGGCUUUGUUCGUCCAAAUUACUAAAGAAAACAUUGAUUUUUCAUGUGAAUUCUUGAAGUAUCUAACAUGCUUAUGAUUUGUUUUUUAUUGGCCUAUGUUAAAACCUGAGCUUCAACCUUAAAUUCAUGUAGCUGAAAGGGAAAUUCAUGCUGCAUUUUUCUAGUUUCUGUCUAGAUCUAGAUCUGUUUUCUCCCACUCAUACUUCUAAGAUUUGCAGGAUACCUACAAAGAUCUCUUGCAUAUAAACGUUAAUGACAGGAAUGAAAAGAAGACAGGCCUCCUAACCACAGCGUUUAUAUUAGAUUCCAUCAUAAUUGUGUCCCACGGCAAUGUCACAUGCAUACAGAAGCAAAAAAAAGUGUUACCUUAAAUAGGGGGUUAUCACGCCUACGCCUUUUUUCAAACUGAGACAACUCUAAGAAAGAACACUUUUAUGUGGACCUGACACAAUCAAAUACAUGCCAGUGGUAGAAGAGCUAACCCGCACAAUUGCAUAAGAGUUUUUCAUGUGAAAACAUCCAUAAAGACAUCCUGUUUGCCUCUUCUUGACUUUGGUGGUAGAAGAAAUACUUAAAUUCAAACAACACAGCGAAAAUAAGUGAUUUUAUUCUCGCAUUAUGGGUGAACAAAACCACACAAACCCACUCUAAGGUGACUGAACUCUGGUUGUAGGUUGCGCAUUACAGGGUGGAGUGAAAGUUUAAGACAGUGCUGAGACUGCAGGAGACAGGUCACACUAGUUUUCUUUAACAAAGUGCCCAAGGCUGCAGCCAAAGAUUAUUCAAAUGGCAGAGUGACAGAGAAACAAAUUACAUCCAACAAAGCCGUACGCAGAGUCAGACAAUACAGAAGAGUGUUUCGUGGGAAACUUGUACAGCGUUAGUGUUGAUGGAUGCUUGUGACAGUGUUGUGACUGUAUGUGUUGUUAGAUGACUGGACUUUGCAGUACAGCCUGUUUCCCCGGUACCUCCACCCAACUGUGUGAAUCAUGUAAUUCAGGGAGUUAGCCUUUGUUUUACAGAUAAUCUGUGAUAAUCUGUGCCUUUAAACGCAAUGAUGCAUCUUAAGUUGCUCAUUAAGGGCUGGAGAUCACAUGUUUGAGCAAGAAACUCAGCCCAGCUCUGCAGAGUUUUCCUCCUGCACUCAGUUAGUCACACUUUCUUCUCUCUCUCUCUCUCUCUUAUUUCAGGUGAGAAGCCGUACAGGUGCACAUGGGACAGUUGCGACUGGCGUUUCGCUCGUUCCGACGAGCUGACCCGCCAUUACCGGAAGCACACGGGGGCCAAACCCUUCCAGUGCGCUGUCUGCUCACGCUCCUUUUCACGGUCCGACCAUCUUGCUUUACACAUGAAGAGACACCAGAACUAGCAGCAUUUGCACACAUACACACACAUAUACACACACACUACCAAAAACCCAAGCACUAUACCAACACCAAUAACACACUCAUUCAAGUCCCCCUCCCUCCAACGGCCACAGUUUUACAAGCUGCGGGAUGCAGAGCAGCUUUCACUGACACCACAGCUCCUCCUGGUGCUGCUACCAUGUGCUUAAAUGGUAUGAACGCCUAACAGAUAUGUGGCUCUUAACCCAGAGUUGGACAAUAUGGAGGUUUGAAGUAGAAAGACCCUAGUAGACGGUCUCUAAACCUCUGGGAGUAGUUGGUAAAUAUUUGUUUGGACAAUGACAGAGAAGAAAAAGAUUAACAAAAAGAAAAUGGUAGCUCUAAAACGUGUCUCCGGUCUAUUUGAACUCUGUAAUAUGACUGGAAUGAAAGCACUUACCACUCAAUACUUGUACAUCUUUUGUUCCUGUUCUAACAAAGAAUUGGUUUCAUUUUUUUUUAUUAUUAUUAUAAAGGAGAAGUGUUUGUUUGCUCAAACUAGCCAAGCCAAACCUUUGUUUACUCCUUGGUUUGUUAGUUUUUUUUCUAUGUAACUGGAAUAUCCAGAUUUGAUCCUUUGGUUUGCACUAGAAUUGGAAAUCCAAGUCCGAGCCUAUCUAGCCCGUACAUCUCAUUCGCAACUGGAACGAUCACUAUCACUACUGGACUGAACCUCUAUGAACGCCCAACAAGUCAUUGCUGUGUUAGAUAUCAAAAAUUGAAGGCAUUUAUACUCCGGAGAGAGGGAAUGUAGCGCAUGAAAACAAAAAACAAUAGAGGGGAGGAGAUGGAGAGAUAGACAGAUGUUAGAUUUCAGAGUGAGGACAAGCGAGACACAGAGGGAGGCGGGUUGUUGCUAAAGAGAAGCAAUUAGGUGAUGAAUAAUUCAUGCCGUCUUUUUGAUGGAUUUCCAAGCAGAUGUAAGCAGAACCCUUCGACAAGUCCGAGACUUUGUUCAGUGCAAAGAUAGUCGACUGUAUUUGAUGCACAAGCUUGAAAUAACAAUUUCUCUUUCUUAUCCAGCAUUCUUACUUCUAUCAGAUGUUUUAACCAAAGUACCAUCUUCAUCAUCAUCAUCAUCAUCAACACCUUAUUAAGUGCCUCCUUCUCUGGUUUAUGUGUGUUGUGUUCAAUGGUAGCGGGUCAAUGUACACAGACCUUUUAAACACACAUGGUGCUGUUUUUAUCUCUUCAUCCAUUAGUCUCAAUUUGGAAAAAAAAAAAAAAAAAAGAGGUUUACCCAUCAUUCAUUGUAAUCUAACGGCUCUAUCGGCUCAGGCCUCCUCACAAACAUCCUGUUGUUUUGUAUCGAGCUUUUGUUAAUCAGUCCUGUCUUUGGGGGUUCUUGCUCUCUGAUUCUGUACACAACUAACUUGCAACUGGGCUCUAUCAGAUCAUCAAACAUGGAGGUGUGUUUCGUUAAAGGGUUGGUCCAUUCUUUUCAGGUCUUCCUCACUUGCCCAUGUGUCCUUUUAGAGAUUUACUGUCAAGUGUUCUCCUCUUGCACCUAGUGGUAGAUCAGACGUUUCCGCUUUAAGCACAAGUCGCUUGCCAUCUCGCUAAACACCAAAACAGAGUCCCAUUGUCAGUACGCCUUUGCGCUUACAAACUGAACACUGCAAAGAGGUAAUGCUGGUGUCCCAAUGUGUUAUUUUGUGUUAUGGUGGUGCAGAAGUGCAAGAGGCAUGGCGUGUAAACACUCAGUGACAGCUUCACAUGCACAGACACACACAGCACUUUCCCGUCCGUCCGCUCCGAUAGUGGAUUAGAGGUGGAAUAACAACAUCUCUCCACUAACACACAGUAGACCAGGUGUAUCAGGCGUGUAUCCUGCCUAUGUAAAAGCAUAUAGACAGUGUAAACCAAUGGAAAAACCAUAAAUGUGUAAGCUGUCUGGUAACAGAACAUACAACAACUACAUAACAGAGGAUGGCAGGGUUGUAGUUUUGUGUUUUGUGGUUGUUAUCAGUCUCAUGUAGCCUAGAAGUACAAACAACUUGUACUGACUUUCAUUUAAUGAGCUUGUACACAGGCUUGUUAAAAAUAUAGCGGUUACAAGUUCUGCAUCAUAGCUCAAUAAAAUAACCGUACAUUGAAGUCACUCAAGGUUUUCCCUGAGCUUGAAGAUCAUUGUACAAGUUAUAGUACAAGCAACCAAGGCAGGCUUCUUUGGAUGAAUUUGAGAAGUACAUUUUCUGAGGUCCCAUUAGGUUUGAGAGAGUCACACGCAAAAAGAAACCCUUUGUUGCUGGAGUUAUGGGCAUGAGAGCUUAGUCCUAAAACCGACCUGAAUAAACGUGAACCUAUCCUUUAAUUUAUACUCGACCGUCCCUGUUGAUGGUGUGAUUCAGCCCACGCCUCUAACUGUAUUUGUUCUUUCACUGCAGGUAGCGUAAAGAUAAUAUAGCACUGUAAUGUAACAUGGUAAAUUUGACUAUUUAUUUGAUUGUGUAGAAGUGGGGGUUGAAUCAGAUCAACCGUCUUUCUCCCCAGCAAAAAUGCCUUAAUGUAAAUAUAUGCACUGUAAAUAACUUGAUUUUUUUAGUUUUCAUUUCCUCUUUUGUUAUGAUUUUGUAAACAAAAGGGCCAAAAGAGGAAAAUGCCCUGCAUCCAAAAAAUAUUUGAGCCUUUUUUUGAUUAUGUUCUCUUGUUAAAGACUUUUGAUGCCAUUGUUUUAUAUAUUGUCCUUCCAGCGACUUAUUUUAUAGACUUAUUUUCUUCCUAGGUAAACGUUCCAAAGACAAAAGUUGUUUUUUCUUCAACUGAGUGAAACUGAACCUAAUAAAGUCGAUUGACACUUUUA